CCCGACCUGUGCCCUCCAUUCGUUACCAUUGCGUGCAGACGGCGACUGACGUUUUGUCUCCCAACACAGUGCACACUUCACCCUCUGAAGUUUAUCGUGUUAAAGUCUGCCGUUGCAAAGGCAAUCAUGGCACAAUUGCGUUUUGACGGACGUGUCGUGCUGGUGACGGGAGCCGGUGGAGGACUAGGAAAGGAAUAUGCACUGGCAUUUGCGGAAAGAGGCGCGCUUGUGGUUGUGAACGAUUUGGGUGGGGAUAUUAAAGGUGAAGGAAAGAGUGCAAGUGCAGCUGACAAGGUGGUUCAAGAAAUACUGGCCAAAGGAGGCAAAGCUGUUGCCAAUCACGAUUCUGUGGAGGAUGGUGAAAAACUGAUUCAAAGUGCCCUGGAUGCAUAUGGGCGGAUAGAUGUAGUUGUCAAUAAUGCUGGAAUUUUGCGGGACCGCACUUUUCCUCGAAUUAGCGAUCAGGACUGGGAUGUUAUUCAGAGAGUUCACCUCAGGGGUUCAUUUCUGGUGACAAGAGCAGCAUGGAACCACAUGAAAAAUCAAAAAUAUGGCAGAAUCAUAAUGACAUCCUCAUCUUCGGGAAUCUAUGGAAAUUUUGGCCAGGCCAAUUACAGUGCAGCUAAGCUGGGCCUACUGGGCUUGUCCAACACCAUCGCGAUCGAGGGACAGAAGUACAAUGUGCAGUGCAACACAGUGGCGCCCACCGCCGGCUCGCGACUCACCCAGUCCGUCAUGCCUCAGGAACUUGUGGAUGCCCUUAAGCCAGAGUUUGUGGCCCCACUGAUUCUGUGGCUCUGCCAUGAGAGCUGUCAGGAUACCGGCAGCAUCUUUGAGGUUGGAGCUGGUUGGGUUGGAAAAUUGCGUUGGGAGCGGUCAAACGGUGCAAUUCUGCGGACGAAAGGCAAGCCCAUGACACCCGAAGCAGUGCGGGACAACUGGGAUAAAGUCUGUGACUUUACUGAUAGCACACAUCCCAAGUCAUCUCAAGAAUCUACAAUAAUGUACUUGGAUGUGCUUCGGAAGAUUGAUGAGCAACAAGGAAUUUCCCCUGUACCUGCCAGUGGGACUAAAGUUGAUCCUGGACAAGCUGUGGGCUUUAAGAUGCCACCCUUUGUGUACGAGUACACCUGGCUGCAGCCCAUCUUGUACUCCCUGGGGGUGGGGAUGUCGACAACUUCCGAUGGUGGCAGGUGUUUCCUCUACGAGGGACACCAGGAUUUCAGCUGUCUGCCCACAUUCGGGGUCAUCCCGGCCCAGGCCAUCUUGAUGAAUGGGCAACUGAGCAAUGUGCCAGGUCUCUCAUUCGAACCAGCAAAAUCUUUGCAUGGAGAACAUUAUUUGGAAAUCUUCAAGCCCUUGCCAACAUCAGGGAAGAUGAUUGUAGAAGCAACCAUUGCAGACGUUUUGGACAAAGGAUCUGGGUGCUUGCUCCUGCUUGAUGUGUUCACCUACAACGAGAACAAGGAGCCAAUUUGCUUCAACCAGUUCUCGGUGUUCGUAGUCGGUGCAGGGGGAUUUGGUGGCAAGCGGUCAUCUGACAAAGUUAAGCCCACUGUGGCUAUUCCGAAGAGGUCUCCAGAUGCAUCCGUUACAGACAAGACCAGCUUGGACCAAGCUGCUCUGUAUCGGUUGAGCGGUGACUGGAAUCCCCUUCACAUUGAUCCAGAAUUUGCAGCCAUUGUAGGUUUCAAACAGCCCAUUUUGCACGGGCUGUGCUCAUUUGGAUUUUCUGCACGUCACUUGCUCAAGCAAUAUGCUAAUAAUGACACAAGCAAGUUCAAGGCCAUCAAGGCAAGGUUUGCCAAGCCGGUUCUCCCAGGGCAGACUCUGCAGACGGAUAUGUGGAAGGAAGGCAGUCGGGUUUUCUUCCAAACCAAGGUGGUUGAGACCGGAGAAGUGGUUCUGGCCAAUGCUUAUGUGGACCUCAAAGGUGAUGACACUCCGACUGUUGCUCCACAGCCUCAAAACGCCACUGGGCUGCAGAGUGAGCUCGUCUUUUCUGAAAUUGCCAACCGGAUAAAGGAAAAAGGCGCAGACUUCGUGAAGAAAGUAAAUGCCAUCUUUCAGUGGGAAAUCACCAAGGAUGGCAAGACUGCGGCACAGUGGACUAUUGACCUCAAGACUGGCCCCGGUGAAGUCUACAAAGGGAAUCCUCGAAAGGGACGUGCCGACACCACUUUCACUCUCUCGGACGAAGACUUCCUUGAAAUUGUCCAGGGAAAGCUUAAUCCACAAAAGGCUUUCUUUUCUGGGAAGAUGAAGGUGAAGGGGAACAUCAUGUUGAGUCAAAAGCUGGAGGAUAUUCUGAAGCAGAAUGCCAAGCUGUAAGGUGUGAAGCAAUUUUACUGUGGCAUUAGGUGGUGCAAAAGUUGCAUUUUGCUCAGCUACCCAGCACAUAAGAUUAACAUGUUUAAUUCAACUUUUUGAGCUUGUGAUUAUUUUGGAAAGAAUAACGGCAAGGUUUAUCGUUAACCAACACUAAUGACGGUAAUGUAGGAUUCCGAUUGAAUGCUUAUCAGAAAAAAAGUAUAUUGCUUGCUAAUACAUGAUAAUACAUGUUAGAAUAUUUCUUACUAUACAUUUUUCUUGUGUAGAAUAUUAAAUGCAUUUGAAUUCUUGAAUUACCUUUUCUAAUUACGAAAUCAUCUCCUGGUAAAGUUAGAUUUUGUUUGGUUGUGAACCAUUUCCGAUUGACUUUUAAUUUAAAUUUGCAACCACUAGGUGACGCCACGUAAUGUGUGCUGUAAGAAUUGCACUCUUUUCUUGACUUUCAUAAUAAAGGCCUUUGGUUAUCAUAA